AUGUGUCACUGUGUGACUUCAGUAUCCAACUGGAAAGUCACCUUUGGAAGUGGAAUGCAGCUGGUGGUGAAACCUGAUGUUGUUCCAUCUCCUUCGGUCUACAGGCUGACCACUAAAGAUGAUGAGGAUUUGGAAAUGUGCCUUAUCACAGAUUAUGCCCCUGAAAACCUUAAUGUUAAAUCGAACUCAGCUGAUAAGAAGACUGAAGCUGUUGUGGAGGUGGCAACAUCCGAGAAUAAACAGGAAGCCAGCUACCUGACAACCUACUGGGCCACGAAAGAUAAAAUGGAGUGUGGUGCAGAGGAUAACAGAACUGGAAAAUUAGAAGGAAAGGAUCCUGAAAGCGGUGCCAGCACUGUCUGUGUAACAGGGAUGUCACCACACUUCAAGACAGAUGAAAACCUGAACACACUGUCUCUCACACUGCUGGGCCUGAAAAUAAUUUUAAUGAAAGCAGUAAUUUUUAAUGUGGUGAUGACAAUCUUUACGUGGAAGAAAAAAGAAUGAAAGUAACCAGUGAAGACCCAAUUACCAAAAGAAUCUGCUGAGAAUCAUUACAGGAGCAUCGGGUGCAAGAUGGAACACAGGCCAGGCAUUCCUGCUGCAACAGAUAUCACAUUGUGUUUUCUGUACAU